CCCAUCACUGAGGCAGAAGAAGACAUUAUAGGAAGAGAUGGGCGAGGAAGACUGAAAUAAACAGUACAGUAUCAUAACAGAAACAGUAAUGCGGUGUUAAUUGUGGGUUUUUUAUACAUUUGAACAUUUUUCAUCGGCUGUGGAGAACAUGGCGUUUGUCACAGCGAACUGGAAUCCUCUGGGAGAUGCGUUUUACAGAAAGAUUGAGUUGUAUGAGAUGACCUGGAACCUGAGGGAUGGUCUAAAAGACUGUCUGAAAAAAGGUAUGAUCGCAGCAGCUCCAUAUGGGGGUCCCAUCGCUCUCUUAAGGGUGCCCCAACAACGCUCACCCAGUACCAGACCUCAGUUAGAAAUCUACUCUUCUUCUGGAUUGACUCUGGCCAGCUUCCCAUGGAAAAGUGGUGAGGUAAAGCAGCUAGGAUGGACGGUGUCUGAUGAUCUGCUGUGUGUUCAGGAAGACGGCACUGUUCUUGUCUAUGAUGUCUUCGGGGCCUUUAAGAGACACUUCAGCAUGGGCCAUGAAGUUUCUCAGAGUCGCGUGCUGGAGACCAAGAUUUUCCAUUCGCCGUAUGGGACUGGAGUUGCUAUAUUGACAGGUGCGUCACGGUUCAUCCUGGCCUCAAACAUCGAAGACGUAAAACCGAGGAGACUAGCUGAGCUUCUAGGUUUACAGGGGGCACCCACGUGCUGGGCAGUACUGUCUCAGGACAGGCAAAGUAAAGUGCUGGUUUCCAAUGGAUCUAAUCUGUACAUCCUAGAUAAUGCAACCUGUACAUCUGUGACUCCUCCAGGUCUCUCUCCACAAGCAUCCAGUGUGGUGCACAUGUGUGUCUCAUUCAGUUAUAAAUAUCUGGCUCUACUCACAGACUCUGGCCAUGUGUGGAUGGGUACUUCCAACCUAAAGGAGAAACUCAGCGAGGUAGACACCAAUAUCAAAAAACCCCUAAAACAGAUGGCCUGGUGCCAGCGACCCAAAAGUCAGCAGCCAUCUGUGGUGUUAAUGUGGGAUGGGCUGUUACUAGUAGUGGGCGAGUGUAAAGAGACUAUUCAGUACCACCUGGAUGAUGACUGUCUUCUAGUGCCAGAAUUGGACGGGAUCAGGAUCAUCAACAAAACGCACCAUGAGCUUCUGCAAGAGGUCCCAGGUGCAUGUGAAGAGAUCUUUAAAAUAGCUUCAAUGGCUUCUGGAGCUUUACUUUUGGAGGCAUACAAAGAAUAUGAGAAAAAGAGCCAGAAGUCAGACGAGUAUCUAAGAGAGAUCACCGAACAGAAUCUGCUGGGCGAGGCGGUGAAGCAGUGUGUGGAGGCAGCCGGUCACGAGCAUGAACCCGAGACGCAGAAAACUCUCCUGAGGGCUGCCUCAUUUGGGAAGUGUUUCCUGAGCAGUUUUCCUCCAGAGCCGUUUGUCAGUAUGUGUCGGGACCUACGGGUGUUAAAUGCGGUCCGGGAUUAUACAGUCGGCAUGCCUCUCACCCACUCUCAGUUCAAACAGAUGACUUUACAAAUACUCAUCGACAGACUGGUGUAUCGUAAAUUCUAUCCACUGGCCAUUGAGAUUUGCCGGUAUCUAAAGAUUCCUGAAUAUCAGGGAGUGAGUCGAGUGCUCAAACACUGGGCCUGCUAUAAGGUCCAGCAGAAGGGGGAGUCAGAUGAGGUCAUAGCGAAAGCCAUGAGCGCGAAGCUUGCCGACGCUGCUGGAAUCUCUUACUCAGAAAUCGCCACUACAGCAUAUGACAGCGGACGCACAGAGCUGGCUAUUAAGUUAUUGGAGCACGAGCCGCGCUCUGGUGAACAGGUGCCGCUGUUGUUAAAAAUGAAGAAGAGUCCUCUGGCUUUGAGCAAAGCCAUUGAGAGUGGAGACACAGACCUCGUGUAUACAGUGGUCAUGUACCUGAAGAAUGAGCUGAACAGAGGAGACUUCUUCAUGAUGUUGAGGAACCAGCCUGUGGCUCUAAGCCUUUAUAGACAGUUCUGUAAACAUCAGGAGCAGGAAACACUAAAGGAUCUCUACAAUCAAGAUGAUGAUCAUCAAGAACUUGGCAACUACUAUGUAAAAGCCAGCUAUAAAGAACCGAGACUGGAGGCUCGGAUUGGUCUCUUACAAAGUGCAGUGGAUGAGUUUUACAAAGCCAAGAAUGAAUUCGCAGCCAAGGCCACCGAGGAAGAAAUGCGUCUCCUGAGGUUCCAGAGAAAGCUGGAAGAAGAGAAGGGGGAGCCGCUGGUGGGAUUCUCUCUUCAUGACACCAUCACCGCAUUGCUGUCUGUGGGACUACACAAGCAUGCCGAGCAGCUCUACAAGGACUUCAAAGUACCCGAUAAGAGGUUCUGGUGGCUGAAACUGAAGGCUCUGGCUGAGAAGGCGGACUGGGAGGAGCUGGAAAAAUUUGCCAAAAGCAAGAAGUCUCCUAUUGGAUAUCUGCCGUUUGUCGAAGUGUGCAUAAAACACCAUAGCAAAUAUGAAGCAAGGAAAUAUGUUUCCAGAGUCACACCAGAACAGAAGGUCAAAGCUCACCUCGCAGUAGGGGAUCUGGAGAGUGCAACGGAAGCGGCUAUCGAGAGGCGUAACGAAUCCGAGAUCAGUACCGUCCUGUCACGCUGUUCGGCCACGACUGAUCAGGCAUUGCUGGAACGUCUAAACCGGGCUAAAGCCACCGCUACCAAAAAGUGAUCCGGUCCACCCUGCUUAAAGUGAACUGCCAAACACUGAACCCCUGUGAACCCAAAGCUUCUGGCAGGAGUUUGCAUUAUUUGUUUUGAAGUAAUCGGCAUAUUGGAAAGUUUCGCUGAAAGAUUUUGCUAAAGAACAGCUGAUGCAGAUGGAAAGAGUUUGCCAGAAAAUUAUCUGGGUGGGUGCACACAGAGAAAGAAGUUUGCAUGUCAGCCCGAAGCACUUUCCAUCAUCCUCUGCACUGUAAACCUUUGAUAACAUUGUACUAUAAUUGCAUUAUAUGAACCAUUGUGUGUUUAUUUGUAGUUUAACCCUGUCUGUCAAUGAUCGAAUGCUUGUAAAGAUUAAAAUCCCUGUUAUUUUAAAUAAACAUUGUACUGUGA